UUUCUCUCCUUCUUUCUCUGCUUCCGUCUCCCACUUCGUCUUCCUACUUCUUCUUCCUUCUUCUCCUCACUUUCCCGCCUAUUUAAACUCCUUCCCUGUUCAGAUGCUCUCUCAAUCUCAAUCCCUCCGUUUCCUCUCUCUCCCUCCUUCCAAUUCCCUCCCUCUCCUUCCUCAUUCCCUCUCUCAAUCUCUCCAUUUCUCUCCCAUUACCAAACCUAAGCCAUUCCUCUCCUCCCAAAAUCUUUCUUCACUUUCCACUCCAAUUGCAACGACAAUGUCACUCCGCUCGAACUUCUCCAACAAUAACGACACUCUUUCCACGGAAGCCGACCUUGAUCGCUUUGCCGACGUCGCUAACAAGCUCGCAGAUGCCGCCGGUGAAGUUAUUCGCAAAUAUUUUCGGAAUAAAUUCGAUAUUCUCGAUAAGGAGGAUUCGAGUCCGGUAACAAUUGCAGAUAAAGCAGCUGAAGAAUCUAUGGUUUCAAUACUAUUAGAGAAUUUUCCUUCUCAUGCAAUUUAUGGAGAGGAAAAUGGUUGGAGGUGUAAAGAGAAAUUUUCAGAUUAUGUUUGGGUUUUAGAUCCAAUAGAUGGCACGAAGAGUUUUAUCACAGGAAAACCCUUAUUUGGCACUUUGAUUGCUCUAUUGCACAAAGGCAAACCGAUUCUUGGCAUAAUUGAUCAGCCAAUUCUCAGAGAAAGGUGGAUUGGAAUAAAUGGAAGAAGAACUACACUGAAUGGAAAAGAAGUGUCUACACGCCCUUGUGGAAAACUAUCACAAGCAUAUUUGUACACUACAAGCCCACAUCUUUUCAGUGGAGAUGCUGAGGAGGCAUUUAUUCGUGUUAGAAAUAAGGUAAAGGUGCCCCUAUAUGGAUGUGAUUGCUAUGCAUAUGCACUUUUGGCUUCUGGCUACGUGGAUCUAGUCAUUGAAUCUGGUCUCAAGCCAUACGAUUUCCUCUCGCUUAUACCUGUGAUAGAGGGCGCUGGGGGCAUCAUAACUGACUGGAAAGGGCAUCACCUUUAUUGGGAAGCUUCUUCUGAUUCCCGUGCAACAGGCUUUAAUGUAGUGGCGGCUGGAGACAAGCAGAUUCACCAAUUAGCUUUAGAGUCUCUCCAAUGGAAGUAGUGAAGGUUUUUUCAGUUGGCUGUAUUCAGGUUUCAUUUAUUUAAAUUAAGAAAUAAACAUUGUUUGAGUGGCAACUGACUUGAACUGGUACAUCUUUUACGUGAUAGAGCAAGACAAUAAAUUAGAAGAGAAUGAAAACAUACAAAAAUCUGAACAAAGAAAUAAGUCUUAUUUCCUGGACUUGCUUCAA